GUAAAAAUUGCAAGUCCCACGUUCAUCUCAUUUACAUCGCUAAAGAAAUCGACCAUCUAGCCUAACUUGGAAAAACGAAACCGGUCCAAGGAUAACGAUAAAGGACGGAAAAGAAUAGGAAAAUAAAGGAGAUACAUAUAAGGAAAGGAAAGGAAAAACAGCAGCAACAGCUUCGACAGGAUGGUGAAACCAUGGGGGAAGCACAAAAAAAUUCUUCACGAACUCUACAUAUCCAAAAAGAAGAAGUUGGAGCAAGUGAUGGAAAUCAUGGAAAAGGAGCGUGGCUUUGUGGCUUGCCGGAGGGCGUAUAUGAAGACGUUCCGCAAGUGGGGAUACCAAAAAAAUAGGAAGUCUCGAACAGCCAGCAGAGAGAGUGGGUCGUCAAGAAAAAUAAAUACAAGACUACGCUCUACCGUGGAACCACCGUGCGAACCGCCCGAGGUAGCCCUGGAGGCCCGGGUGAAUACGCACGAAGCAAAUCCCUACAAUCCUACACCCACACACAAGAUUAAUGAGACGGGGUAUAACUCACCGGGUCGAGGUGCUACCACUGGUGGACUUGCCUCCCCCUUGGAUAAAUUCAAAGAUUCCGAUGAUUUGAAUAAAUAUAUCAAAUUGUUAGAGGGAGUUCUCCUCCUCAACGAGAUUAAGAAGAAGGCCCUGCUCUCUGGGAACCCUGACCCCCACUCCCCUGUGAUGUCAGACUACCAGCAAGUCCUAGAGAGAGUGUUGUCCGGCGACCCCCCUAUUGCCUAAAAUCAAUCGAGCAGAAAAUAUGUUUAAGUUAAAUAUACUAUGGUAACUCUUCAAAUCAACAUGAGGUUUUGCGCCUAGGGGGUUGAGGGGAGGAUUUCUUUUAUCUUUAAGGUCAUGUUAAGGCAGAUUAACGGGGGCGAAGUUGAGCAAUUGAUGAAGGAUGGCUCAACAAUGUCUUCUCAGUCUGUGACACCCCUUAUUCCUUUCGUUUGUCGACUCUUUUGUUUGUUUUUUUGUGUGAAGUGGAAGCUAGUCUAGUUCUGGAUGGAUCAUGGUGUGUCAUUCGAUCACGAUUUUGGCACACGUGUUUGUUUCGCUCUUUUCCUUAUUGUCGCUCAGUCGGGCCUUCGGUGGGGGUUUUUUUUUUCUUUUUUCGGAACGGUUCAUACUUUUACUUUAUUCUCUUCUUCUCAAUUUGCUGUGGUCUCCCUGUUGGCUCGCUUAUUUGUUGGUGCUCGGGUGGUCGGUCGGUCGGGCGGGUGGUUGGCUUGGUUCAUGGCGGGUCAUUUGGCGUAUUAUCCAGGAGCUAGAC